AUGCCAGUCUACCACGUUGUUCUCUUCCGACUCAAGGAGGGCGUGACACAAGGUCAGCUUAAUUCCUGGACUGAGGCAGCAAAGGGAAUGGUCGGCCAGAUUCCAGGACUGGUUUCUCUGGAAGCUAAUAAGCCAUUGCCGAUCUCCGUGCCCCGCGCUCAAGGCUUUGAUAUGGGAAUCGUGGCUGUUUUGGAGAAGGCGGAGGAUGUAGCGGCUUAUGCUGUACACCCCGCUCACUUACAAGUUCAUAAGUUCCGCGAGGAACUGUGUGUUGAUACCCUGGCUUAUGACUUGGAGUUUUAG